UUGAGUUUCUUCGGUGGGGCUUUGAAAUGGAAAGGUGGUGAGGUUGUGCUUCUUUUGCCUGCAGUUCUUUCGUUUAAUGGCUGGUCGACGAGACAGCAGGGCGUGCAGUGCCACGGUCGAGCUGAAGAGGGACUUUCGUCGAGCACUUUGUUGUGAUCUUGCGGGAUACUGAGUGAGGGAGCAAGGCGGCGCUUUGAUGGGAAGCAGAGGGUCGGAGGGACCUGACCGGCCGUCGCCGCGCGUGCCGCUGUACCUGCGGAGCACGACCUGCUCUGAAGCUAACAGCGUGCGUCACCGCCCGGCUGCGGCCGACGCCGCCGCCGCCGCCGCCGACCGCAGUGUCAAGGUGUCGUCCCUUGGCGUCUCGCAGGAGAGGAAGCGGGGCACGAGGGUGGUGGAGCUCGAGACGAAGCUGAGCAAGUCCCAGGCGGAGCUGAAGAAGCUAAAAGAGCGUAUGGCCGAGGCGGAGGACGCCAAGGUCGAGGCGAAGCAAGCUCUCGCAAAGGCGAAGAAGCGGACCCCAUGUUAGAAUAUAUA